AUGUUGUAUAGGCACUGUAUUCCAAAAUGUAUUUGGAUGCUACAAAGAUGGCUACAAAUUGGUCAAGAGAAGAAGAACAAGAUAGCUCAACAAAUCCUUCACCAAUUUCUGUCCAAACGUAUAACUAAAUCCAAAGAUAUGGAAGAAAGUCAUUCAUGCUUGCUAAAGGAACUAAUAAUGAAGGGAGGCUUGGAAAAGGAUGAAAUGGUUGAGAAUGAGAAGUAUAUUAGAGACGCUGCAGUUAAUCUCUUACUUGCAGGAAAUGGAACAAUUAGUUCAGGUCUCUGUUGGUUCUUUUGGCUUGUUUCAACUCAUCCUAAUGUGGAAGCUAAAAUCAUUCAAGAGAUCAAAGAUAAUUGUGAAAAUCAAGAGGAGGAUUUCAUCACAUACUUAAGUGUGGAAAAGCUUGAUAAGCUGUUGUACCUUCAUGGAGCAAUAUAUGAAACAAUGAGGCUUUAUCCUACUGUACCAUUACAUCACAACUGUGCAAAUAAAUCUGAUGUACUACCUAGUUGA